AUGAACCAAAUGGCGACUACACAAGCACAUUCACCUACUCCACCACAUCUCCUCCAGUCCGGCAUGCACCAAGCAAGUCCGAGCCCGCACGCGUCACCGAACCUGCCUCAAGGCGCUUUCCGUUCCCCUUCACACUCGCGUAACGCGUCACUAGAUCCAAGCGCUGCAUACGGACAAGGGCAGGGCAGUGAAUGGAGUAGCAUGGCACAAUUCCGCGGACACCGGAGGGCACCCUCAGACACAUAUUCUGAGGUAUCUUCCGCACACGCCUCUCCAUUCCUAGGCAACCACGACAGUUUCGACCACGACAACCCUUCGCCUUUGCUUCACCCACAACAGGACCAGGCUCUUUUCCCCGAAGUCAUGUCAUUUGGCCGGUUCAAUCUCAACGAUAAUCAUAUCAGCCCCGGCCACAGCCCCCACAUCUCUCCGCGGUUGACACCGCAGCAACACCCCCUACCACAGUUCUCACCAAGCAGCUUUGGACUAGGCCCUGGCCUGAACAAUCAGUUCGGAGACCAAGGUCUGAAUAUGUAUCAGGGCCAGGAGCCGUUCCCUAACAUCAACCAAGGGGUUGCAGAAUUCGGCCAAGCCGACACGAUGUCGCCGCCUGAGAUCAACAUUGACUUUGCGCCGCCGUCGAGGCAAGCCAGCUUUGAGCCUGCAAAACCAACAAACUCAGCGGACGCCUUGAGCCCUCCGGACAGAUCUCGGAGUCGCAAUCGCAUACGUGCCAAGUCAGAUCCGUUCAGCAGUGCCAGUUCCCGUGCCUCGACUCCAGGCUCCGAAGUGCAAAGGUCCUUAUCCCCCAGUGCAGCCAAGACUUCAAGAUCCCCAUCACCUUCCUCCAAGUCCUCUCGUCGUUCCUCGACAUCUAGCAUUCCCCACCGCGACUACAUCCUCGACCUCGCGAACCCAGACAGACCUGCCGGUCAAGGUGGUGAUGGCUCCGGCCCCAAGCGCACUCAAAAGCACCCCGCUACCUUCCAAUGCUCGCUGUGUCCCAAGCGCUUCACUCGCGCCUACAAUUUGCGCUCCCAUCUUCGUACUCACACAGACGAACGGCCGUUCGUAUGUAGCGUCUGCGGCAAAGCGUUCGCUCGCCAACACGACCGAAAGCGGCACGAGGGUCUCCACUCCGGCGAGAAGAAGUUUGUCUGCCGUGGCGUACUCAAGGACAACAACAACUGGGGCUGUGGACGCCGGUUCGCGCGCGCCGACGCCCUGGGACGACAUUUCCGCUCCGAAGCCGGCCGCGUGUGUAUACGACCGCUACUGGAGGAGGAAGCCGCCGAAAAGGGUGGCUGGGGCGAUCCAGCGCGGCAACAGCAGAUGGAUAACGGCAUGUUCGGAGGCGGAAUGCAGCAGCAACAGCAGCAUUUCCAGGGCAUGAUGGGCCCGCCUCAGCAAGGGUUCCAAAAUUUCGGGGCUGGCGGCAUGGACGGAACCGUGCAGGGGCAACCGCAGUAUGGUUUGCCGGCUGCGUUGUUGGCGCAGUAUCCCGCCCUUGCGGGGAUACAGUGGGAUAGUUUGCCGCCUGGACCGCCGGAGGAGGAGGUGGGGGAUAUCAGUGGCAGGAGUAGUUUUGAUGCGAGUUCGGGAGGGGAGAUGUUUGAGGAGGAGGGUGAGGAGGGGAGGUAUAGUGUGGGAGCUGGGCAGGGACAGCAGGGUGUUUAUGCAGGGGGGUUUUGA